AUGGCAUUCCUCUUCAAGAGCAAGAAGAAUGCAGAGAAAGCCCAGGCAGCGAGGGAUGGUUCCAACGGUGUCGCAGGAUCAGAGUCCUCUCUGUCCAACUCACGAAUGAACGAGAAAGGCGCCCGCCAGCAGACAUCAACGCCGUCCAGCAGUGUCAACAACUCCAUCACUUCACUUCAGGGCGGUGGCACUGCGACACCAAGCCCCGAGCAGGUAAACGGCCGUCGAGGGCAAAAUCCAGAGCAGUCUGAUCUUUCCCUUCGGAAUGGCAAUCCACCCAACGCGCAAUCAAUGGCUUCGAAUCCUAAUGCCUCCCUAUAUCCCUGGUCUCAGCGCCGGCUCACCUACACCACCUCACACCCAAGUCCGUUCCCUAGAUAUGGCGCCGCUGUUAAUUCGGUGUCCUCGAAAGAGGGCGAUAUUUAUUUAAUGGGAGGCCUCAUAAACAGCUCGACCGUCCAGGGUGAUUUAUGGAUGGUGGAAGCGGGAGGGAACAUGGCAUGCUACCCGCUGGCGACUACAGCUGAGGGGCCGGGUCCUCGCGUCGGCCAUGCUAGUUUGCUCGUUGGGAAUGCCUUUAUUGUUUAUGGUGGUGACACGAAGAUGGAAGAUUCCGAUGUCCUCGAUGAGACGCUAUAUCUACUGAAUACCUCUACGCGACAAUGGUCAAGAGCCGUGCCUGCAGGACCACGGCCAUCUGGGAGAUAUGGGCAUUCGCUGAAUAUCGUCGGCUCGAAGAUAUACGUAUUCGGAGGUCAGGUUGAAGGAUACUUUAUGAACGACCUUGUGGCAUUUGACUUGAAUCAAUUGCAGAAUCCUACCAAUCGAUGGGAGAUACUCAUUCGAAAUACCGACGACGGAGGUCCACCUUCUGGCCAAACCCCCCCUGCCAGAACUAACCACUCUGUCGUGGCCUACAACGAGAAGCUCUAUUUGUUUGGAGGCACUAAUGGUUUCCAAUGGUUUAAUGAUGUUUGGUGUUAUGAUCCAAUGACUAAUUCAUGGGCCUCUCUCGACUGUAUCGGAUACAUACCCGCCCCUCGAGAAGGCCAUGCAGCAGCAAUAGUAGACGAUGUAAUGUAUAUCUUUGGUGGGCGAACAGAAGAGGGCGCGGAUUUGGGAGAUUUGGCUGCAUUCAGAAUUUCCUCCAGGCGUUGGUAUACUUUCCAAAAUAUGGGCCCUUCCCCCUCGCCGCGAUCUGGGCAUAGCAUGACCGCAUAUGGGAAACAAAUCGUGGUUCUAGCAGGAGAACCAAGCACAGCAACAAGGGAGGCCACUGAUCUGGGUAUCGUUUAUAUGCUCGACACGAGUAAAAUUCGAUAUCCAAACGACCAACAAAUACAGCAAACCGCCGGACGCCAGAGAGGGCCAAGUGGUGGGGACAAGGCUGGUAUGGGUGCCAAUCGUGGUUUGGCAUCUCGUGAUGGAUCUGCUCCUGAACAGAAGAGAUUGAAUGGCCCAGGGCGAGAAAGCGUCAUGGGACCAGGACCUUAUGGACGCGGCAAUGGGCAACCGGGUGUUAAUGGAAAUGAUAUGGAUGGUGUAGCUCCUGGGUCAGCGCAGCCACAGGGUCCCCAGGCCCAAGGACCUCCAGGAGGAUCGAGGUUACCACGAGCAUCAGUUGCACAGGCACCAUCCGGUCCACCCCCUCAGCAACAGGCGCCAGCCCCACGCUCCAACGGUCCCAGCCAAGGGGGCAAUGGACGAGGCAAACCACAGGCAAGGCCAGAAAGGGGGUUUGGUCCUGCCCUCGACACCUCUGUACGGAACCUGUCAUCUGAGAAUAUCUCCCCUCCGGCGCAGACAAGAAAUAUGUCUCCCUCGCCAAGGGACAGUCCCCAGACGCGAGAGAGUCCUGUGACGAAUGGACGACGCACUCCAACAGGGAAUCCCCAACAACAAAAGUCUGUACCGGCCGGGAACGCGCCCCCUGUCAGCCUAGUUACGGGUGAUGCGAGAUCCACAUCCAGAUCGAGACACACUCGUCAGCCCAGUUCCGUUGAUAGUACAAAUGAGUCCGCGUCGUCUUUGAAAAUCUUCAGCAACCGGCAAACAUCACCACCUCCAGGAAAUAGACAGACUAGCAAUCCUCUCGGCCGUAAGGGAUCUGCUAGGAAUUCUCAGACCGUGGCUCUUCUCCAGGAAUUGGAUGCUGCAAAAAGCCGGAAUGCCUGGUAUGCGUCAGAGUUAGAACUAGCUCGAAAGGCUGGGUACACACCAAAUCCAUCAAGUAGCCCGAUUCUCGACCAACGAGCAGCAGAAUCCUUUGAUGACGAUGACAAGCCAUUGAUCGAGGCGUUACUUGCUAUGAAACAGGAACUGACCAACGUUCAGGGCUCUGUAGAUAAACAAGCUAUUCUGGCCGCCAAACAGAUUGCCGAGGUCGAGAAGCAACGUGAUGCUGCAGUCCGCGAAGCUGUCUAUGCCAAAGCUAAGCUAGCUGCGCAUUCUGGCAGUCAAAACAGCACGCCUCAGCCAGAUAGCGAGGCCCGCGAUUUGGGAAUCCUAUCAAGUGAUCGUUCAACGGAAAUCAGCAAAAAGCUUGCCACAGCAUUAGCCGAACAGCGGGAUCUCAAGAACAGGAUUGAGAUUCUGGCAACCGAACUCGACUCAGAGAAACGAGGCAGGCAAUUGGCCGAGGAUUCUCAGACUUCGGUCCAGAGCCGUAUAUCUGAGUUGGAAAUUUACAAGCAGCAACACUCCUCAGAGGUCGAACGUCUGAAGGCAGAAGUGCAUGAGCUGGAGACGAUGGCACGCGAAGAAGCCAUCGUUUGUGCUGAAGCUGUAGCCACUGCAAAACUACUUCGGGUGGAUAAAGAAGAGCUAGAGAAGACGCAUAAAGAGGUCAUGGGAUCGUCGAAGGAACAGAACGACACCUUUGAGUCACUUCGACAAGCCAUUUCGUCCUCCGCAGAGAUGAGGGAUAUGCUGGAACGCAAACUUGAAGAGGAGCGCACUCAACGAGAAAUAGUUGAGAGUAAGCUAACCAACCUGAGGUCUGAACACGAGCAGCGAACCGCGGAAUUAGAGACGGCCAAUAAAAGACUUCGUGAUGCUGAGGAAAUUGCCGAACAUCAUAUUACGGAAGCUCGCACCCAUCGUGGAGCUGUUCUUGCCGGUCUAGACAAGGUUUCAGCCCGUGACGUCGGCUCUAGGGACUCCCCGAACAAUGAGCGUACGGUGGCACUUCAAGCCCAAAUCCAGGCUGCUAAUACCUUAGUUCGAAAGUACCAGACAGCGGCUAAUACUGCCUCCGAGAAGCUACGCAGUGCUGAGGAGCGAAUUGCCGGCUUGGAAGCCUACCAAGAGCAAACCAGCAGGGAAGGCAUGUCUAUUCGCAAACAGUUACAAUCAACGAUGCGGGAGAUCCAAACCUUGCAGGCAGCGAACUCAGACAUGAAGUACCAGCUAGCAAAUCAGCAAUUGGAGACCAACGCUGUCCACGUUCAGCAUAACACUCUCAAAGAUAUCCUCGGCGAGCGUGGCAUCAGCCCUGCCGGAGCCGCUCGAACUCGCGGGCUUUCCAGUCCUCUGUCUGGAUCCAAUACCCCUGAUGCCGCCCAUCUACGUGAGCUGGAGCAGCAGCUUGCAGCCAGCGUCCAGGCCCACCAAGAGACCAAGCAGACUUAUGAGAGCCGGGAGCAGGAAUCUGAGGCUGCGUACCGCGAAAAGCUGGGUCAGUUAGAUCAUGAUUACCAGUCGGCUGUUCAUUACGUCAAGGGUACUGAGAAGAUGCUUAAGCGCAUGAAGGAUGAAUUGGCCAAAUAUAAAGCAGACAAUACGAAGAUGAAGGAGCAGCUGGUAGAUGUAGAAGAAAAGGCUUCAUCCAAGUCAGAAGGAGUGGCUGAGUGGGACGAGGAGCGGUCGUCGUUGAACAAGAAAAUUGAAUCGCUGCAAGUCGAGAUGAAGUCUACGGCCUCGCAACUCGAACUCCAGAUGGCGGAGGUGAGAAAAGAACUGGCUGAUGCGCAGAAAGAGCGAGAUUAUCUCCAGCAGAGCAACGAAGAAAUACAACAGCAAUUAUCAGCAUCGACUCAGCAGACAAGAUCCGAUCUCUCCCAACUGCAGCAAGAGAAUUCUCAACUCGAGCGCAGAGCUCAGGAUGCCGAGCAAAAGGUGGCACUGCUGCUUGACCAGGUUGAAUCAUCCGUCGACAACUACCGUCGGCAAUCCCGUCAGGCAGACCCAAGUGGUGGAGGAAGCAUAUCUCACCACCGCACGCUCUCGGCAACCGAAAGCGUCUCCGAAACCUCGUUAUACGGCGUAGAUAAUCGGAACUCCAUGGCGCUGGACAGCCUUGCGAGCGAGCUAGAAACCCUCCGCACGCACUGGGAAACCACGAGCAAGAAUUACCGACUCAGCACUGCAUUUGAUUUCGAAGAUCGAUCCCCGUUACCGAAGGUCGACGAGGCGGGGAAACAUGAUAAUUCCGAGUCUCUUAGUGCUGGUUUGGCUGAUUGGCGGAAGCGACUUGAUGACGAGGAGGAAGCAUCUCGGAGUCGUAAGGGCAGUGAUAGUAAUAUUAGUCCCGGGCCGACGACUGGGAAGAGGGAGAUGAGUCAGAGUGGGAGGGAGGUUACAGGGAAUGUCAGGAAUGCUAGCGAGGUCAAUCUGAUCUAA